AUGCCGCGAAAACGAACCAGAGACGAGAUGGAGGUCUCAGAAGUUGAAGAGAAGAAGCAGGAACCCUCUCUCCUCCAGAGAAUACGGAAUAUGUGGGAAUUCGCCUCCGUCAUGCAGUUCAUCUUCUUCUUUGGCAAGGUUCUGAAGAUUGACGAGGACUUUGACAUCGAGGACUUUGAGAACGAAUGUCUGAAGCCAGGUUAUUCGGACAAACUUGAAGAGAUCGGCCUCACCCUCCUCAAAUGGAUCUCGUCCCAUAGAGGUCUAAAUUACGAUAUCUGGGAUGAAUACACCCGCCGUCAGUAUCUGGCCAAGGCUCCUCAUCUGAACCCCUACGGUGAUGCCGAAGAGCCAAAGCGGUUUCGAGACUUUGACAUCUUCACAAAGAUCCGAAUUCUCCACCAGCUUACGAUAUGGACGUUUUGGAACCCCGACCGUAUGAGGGAAAAGAUGAUAGAACAUCCGCGCGAAGCUGAUCAGACCGAAUGGCGCAUUGAAGAGUUUGGCUACGACCGACAUGACCGCCAGUACUACCUCCUCGAUGAUAAUCGAUUCUAUCGACGGACUGAGCCUCCGUUGCCGCGAGCUCCAAAGGCAAAACCCAAAGCAAAUUCCAAGAAAGCCAUCGCUGCCAGAAGACGUGAGAGCAAGCGGAGAAAGUUGGAAGCCGAAGCAGCUGCAGCAGCGGAAUCCAGCGAUGUCGAAGAAGAUAAUGAGGAGAACACCGAGGCAGAAGGCGUUGAGGAGAAAAAGCCUGAGGCCUGGGAGGUCGACACCUUUGGUGGUUUCAAGUGGGAAUGCCUCUGCAUCACUCUUGGCGAUUAUCAGGAACUCUGCGAAUCGUUGAAGAAAUCGAAGGAUCCUAACGAAAAGGCUCUACGAGACCGACUGAUAGAGGAGGUUGUGCCUAUUAUUGAAGCCGCCGAGGAGAAACAACGUCGCAAGAUAGAGCGCCGUGAGAGGGAACUAAUGUUGAUGGAGAGGAUGGUCGGCGCAAAGCGAUCUAGUCGAUUGGCAGACAAGCAAGAACGAGAGAAGAAAGAGGCCGAGCAAGCCGAGGCCGAAAAGAAGAAACAAGCUGACCUGGCUGCCGCCCGCCGCGAGCAGGAGAGACAAGAGAAGAUGGAACAAGAAAGACAGUAUCGUAUGAUGACCCGAGAACAACGUAUCAAGGAUCGUGAGCUCAAGAGACUGCUCAAAGAAGAGGAACUCGCUAGAGACGAGCUCGAGCAGAAGCGUAUUGAGGAAGGCGAGGCCAGAGGGUCUGAUCGAGCCCUUAAGCAACGAAUGGAGCGGAACAAGAAGGAGCUGGAGGAUCUCGAGGCCGAAGAGGACUGGACCUUUGAUUGCUCCGGGUGCGGAAAAUACGGCAAGAACUUUGACGACGGCUCUCACAGUAUCUCGUGUGAGAGGUGCAACGUCUGGCAGCACAGCAAAUGUCUGGGCAUCUCCGAACCGGCAGCGGAAAAGAAAGACUUCCACUUCGUCUGUAAAGAUUGCAGGCGUAAGGAAGAAGAUGCAAAGAGGCCCAAGAUUUCGCUCAAGUUCCGUGUUGGCACAUCGUCCUCGCCAGUCCCACCAAGUCCAGCCCCUGCCACGUCCAAGUCGGUCGUUGAGCUUCCCACACAGUACACCCCUCGGUCGCCAGGCCAGGGGAACCUGACAAACGGUCAGCAAGGUUCACCUCCAAAUCAGAUGGCCAGUCCCUCUCCAUUUCCUCAACCCAUACAGAUGAAUGGUCUCCAUUUCCAGCAGUACUUGGGCCCUCCACAGCAAAUGUCCGGUCAGGCUCAUCAGCAGCUGGCAUCAACAAACCCCCGACAGACCAUGCGUCCUAUUCACCCUUACCCUUCCGGAAUGAGCAAUGGCACAGCUAGAAGCCCACCGCUCCAGGGUCAAGGGAACUAUUCAUUCUACAACGGUACUCAACAUACCUACCAAAAUCCUGCUGGACAAAGACCAUUGGCGCCCUCGCCUCUUCCUAAACACCCACCACAAAACUCCGGCCCCCACAUAGUGUCGAACAGCGGACGUCUCCCUUCCCCUGUGAUCAAUCGUCCUACAAUAUCACCUACUCAGGGCAAUAUGGACGUCGGCCCCGUGGCAGGCAUACCACAGAAGUCGCUCCAGUUCCCUCAACAAGCCACGAAUGGGGUCUUUAGCCCUGCCAAUGGAGCAUCCUUCCAGUUGCAGAGCACUCCCCGCCCAUCCACCCAACAUCAAUCCCAACCCGCUCAAACACCCAUUUCACGAGCUCCGACCUACGCUCUCUCGGGACUUUCGCCUAAGAAGCAACAGACUCCUGGGCCUUUUCAACCUCUCCCGGCUGGCAGUCCCCAGAACCCGAAUCCAUCUUCUUCCCCGCCCAUGUCCGAAUCCUUCAAGCCGACGAUCCCUCCAGCUGGAACUCCUGGAAUUACUGCUCCCUCUCCCGGCCAACAUCCUGGUGAAAAGCGAAUGGUCAGUGGGACGCCCGUUCUUCCGCCCAUUGAGAACCUCCGACCCAGUCCGGAGCAGUUGAGGAACAUGAGUUCUACCGAACCAGUCCCGACACCGAGUAAGCAAUCUCAGCCUCCGUCACAGUCUCACAGCCCGUCCAAAGUCUCGGGUAGUCCACCUCAAGGCAAACCUCAAACGGAGAUGCAGGCCAAGGUUGAAGGUGCUAGAGUUGUUGGUGUGGCGGAUUCGAUCAGCAACGAGAAUGGGUUGAAGACGAGGGUGGAAGGAGGUUUGCAAAUGAAUUCAAUUCAUGGAUCCCAACAGGACCAGAAGACGGACAAUGCUUCGGGUACCAGGGACGUUGAGAUGCAGGAUGUGAGAUGA